UUAAGUGUAAUAAUCACAAAUAAAAGAUUAAUUGGGUAUUCGUACCUCAAAUUUGUACCAAAAAUGGGGAAACGAAAGCAGACACACAGUGAGAUAGUGGAUGAAUAUGAUUCUUCAUCUGAAAUCCAGUCCCCAGGAAUCAGUCACAAGAAACACAAGAAGCACAAGAAAAAACACAAGAAGCGCGCUACAGAAGAUGAAGAUGAAAGUGGGAUGACCUCACCAAAGACAUCUUUAAAACUGAAGUUUAAACUUGGUGCAGAGUCUAUUGGAACAAAAAACAUUGUGUCUGUGACAUCAGAGCCCACAGAAACACGUGUGAAUGUGACUGAUGAUCAGCCUUGGGAAGAAGAAGAAGAAGACGACAACGAUUUUGAUCCAUACGAGAAAACGAAGAAAGCUGGAGACGACACAUCAGAUGAGGAAAAGGAAUGGCUGUCAGCCCUGGAAAAAGGAGAGCUUGAUGACUAUGGGGAGAUAAGCAAGGGAAAGAAAGACCCAUCUCUCAUGACAGCUAGACAGCGAGCCUUGAAGCAUGGAACGCAAGAACAUGAACUGUUGCAGCUGCCCACAGGUUACCGACAGGUCGAACUUACUGAAGAGCAGCUAAAGAGGCGAGAACAGAGAGCCAACAAACGGAAAAUAAUGGCUCAGGAAAAAAGAGAAAAGGACAAGAAACAAACUAUUGACAGAUUGCUAAAGAAACAAGACAACAAACUAAAAGGUGCUGCUAAGGCCAGAGCUGGGAUGAAGAAAGAUCAUCCCAAAGUGACCUAUUUGAACACUGUCCAGUCCAUUACGAUCUCUGUACCUCAGGACAUUAAGUUUCCCUUAGAGGCACAGAAGGCUGAAAAACCUCCACCUAAAGCAAAGUGUGCUGUCAAAGGCUGUAAAAAUGACAAGAAGUACUCUUGUUCUAAAACUGGUGUUUCGCUUUGUAGCUUGCAAUGUUAUAAGAAGAAUCUGAGUCUGAAUAAACUUACCUUACCGACUGUUGUGACUUCAUAAAAUAUUUACUGAACUAUCAUUAAGAAGAACAAGAUGUUAAAAUUGUGUAAGAAGUGAUCUUCAAACGCAGCAUGGCCAUUGGGCUAUUGACAAUAUCUGCCAGAAUACUAUUCAGUACACACGCUUCUUGUUAAAGUACUAAUUAAAGAAAUUGUUGUUGAUCCUUUCUUUUUCUGUGUAUUUUACAUACAAUUGAGCCUUAUUCUGUGACAUGAGUGUUUAAUGCAUGUGCAUAAAGUGUUCUCCCAAAUUAGCCUGUGCAGACUGCACAGGCUAUUAUAGGAUGACACUUUCUGCCUAAAUUAGAUUUUUUGCUAAGAAGAGACUUUCUUUAAGCGAAUAGUUUCAUAAAAGUGAAAUUGUCAUCCCUGAUUAGCCUGUGCAGACUGCACAGGCUAAUCUGGGACAACACUUUUUGCACAUGCAUUAAACCUCUUUUUUACACAAAGCGAAGCUCAAUGAUAUUUUGGCUAUGAACUUCAAUGCUAUACAAGGAGUCAUGAGGUGACAUGUUGCUGGAUAUCAAAUAUUUGUUCAUAUGUAUUCAUGUACUCAUCAUUUCAUUAUAAACUGAGGAGUUAUGCCUGCAUGUUUUAUACCAGUAUUUUUUGUAUCCUGAAGGAUGUGUUUGUGAUGUCACCAAUUACUAGAAUAUUAACAUUGCUGACCUUGUCAGCUCAUGUUUAAUGGAGAUAUGUUGUCAUUUACCAGGACAACAUUUACCACUGAUUUGAAUUAAUAUACAAUUGAUAUGUCAAACACAUUGGUCAUAAAUAUUAUAAUAAUCUAAGUUCACAAUUACCUCUCAAUACAUACAUUCUUUAAAGUUAUCCUUAUGCAUGUUAUUUGGUGACUUUCUUUUAACCACAAUUUGUAAAUGGAAUACAUGUUAGUUAAUAUAUCAUUGAAAAUAAUAACUUUCAAUUGAAAACUUAAGAAAUCUUAUGUGAAAAUGUUUGAAACCACUGGUUGGGUUACAAACAAAUUCACAGACAUAUUCCAUAGGUCCAUCUUAACCAAUAAAAUACAGUAAGUUUUUUUACUUGUUAAACGACACAUGUCCAUCAGAGAUAUCAGUGAGCAUUUACCCGCGUAAUGUCAAAUACCCUAUCCUUCCUGUUUGACCUUAGGAGAUUUGGAUCGCACACGUUUUUAUUAAUAAAUAAUAACUGACACAUCUCAUUUGUUUCCAUCUCAUAUUCUUCACGAGUAUUCAACCAAUCAAAUCAUCCAUUUUCAAAACAGUUACAAUGUUUGCAAAGUUCGUUUAAGAAAUAAUAUUUUUCUAUCCUGGUUUGUUGUAGAAUAACCCACAGUAAGGAGUAUAGAUGCGUAGGAAUUAAAUCAUGAGUGCGAAGCACGAGUGAUUUGAUAAAACGCAUCUAUACUCCUUUCUGUGGGUUAUUCGACAACAAACCAUCAUAGAAAAAUAUUAUUUGAUUCUAAAAUGAUUCUGAUUGAUUUGGUUCAAGCUUUUGGACGUGACCUAUAUUUUUCAAUACUCCUCCCUUCUUGGUACAAAGAUUACUAUUUAGUGACGUCAUUAAAUUGUACAAACAUAUGAUGUCUUUUUCAUUUAUAAAUAUUUUGCAAAUGACAUUUAUCACUUUUAUUGAUAACAAAAAUCGCAGAAACUAAAAGACGUCACGUUUAUUGAUGCUACUGAAAAGCUGACAUGCUACAAAAUGUUUUCUUAAUUACAUUUCCUAACAAAUAACAUUCUUCGUAGGCGUGGUUAUGCCACUUAUCACCAAAUAUACAAUUUGUUGUUUAAUUGCAUUUAUAAACAUGCUACAUUUAAUACAUUUCUUUUAGGGCGGGUUUUAGCACGUGCAUUUUACUGCAAUAUUUUCUUUAUUUUUUCGAACUAUUUUCAAAACAUUUAGCUCCGCCCAUAAUUAUUACAGAAUAACCCACACUUGAUUUCCUUGUUUGUCUAUAGAAAACAAGUCACAUGUAGUGUUAGAAUUUGUUAGAAGAUAAUACACGGCUGAGCCGGGCCAGGCUGUGAUAAUCGGCCCACAGUGAGCAUAACGGCCCUUAGGCCGUUUGCAACCUGGGGCCGAUUAUCACUGCCCGGCCCGGCCCGGCUCAGCCGUGUAUUAACGUCUAUAAUAUAUAUCUUACUUUUAUAGAUGGGCACAGGUUUUGAGUCAUAAAAUCAUACUAUUUAGGUCCUUCACUAAAUUUUAUGAAGAACCAGCUUUCUGUAUUUAUAUAUUUCAUUGAAUUGAUUACGCAAUUUUUAAAUGACUAAACUAGCUAGACACUUUUGAUUUAAGGACAACAACAAUUUGGAGUGUUUUUAUUUUACAUUUAAAUAUUUUUUAAUGAUUAGUGUAUGUGUUAACGAUGGAUUAUUAUAAUAUUAUGAAUGUGAAUAACAGUGUUGGGAUAUAAAACUGGAAUGAAACUGGUGAGACUGCAUUUUUGAUUUCGUUAAAAUGUCGAAUGUACUCGAAUAAUGCGAUGUUUUGUUGAACAAUUGAUGGAUUAAAUUUAAGAAGUGUC